AUGGGCCACAAGCUACAGAGAAAAGUGACUGGGUCGCGCGGAUCGCGCGUGGUGUCGUCGACGCUGGCGUUGCUGGCCAUCCUGCUGUUCGUGCUGUACACCGCAGGCGACUUUUCCGAGCUGUUCGCCGCGCUCGCGGGCGACUCCAGCGACGACUCCCAGUCCGUGCAGGCCAUGAUCUCCAACAUCAAGCUCGAGAUCGAGAGCAGCAGCAGCAUGGGCGCCGCUGCGGGCGGCGGCGCGAGGCGGGCUGCGCCCGCCUCCGCGACCGCCAUCUCCAGCGCGGUCUCCGCUGCGUCCGUUGCGUCCGUCGCGUCCGCCGCGUCGCAGCAACUCGUCGGCACAAACGUCGUGCACGGACCCACCAACUUUAAGCAUUGCAACGCGGACUUCGACCCCGCCCACAACUUCCAGGAGAUUCUCAACACUUCCCCCGUCGUGCUGUUUGUCAACGCGGACGCCGACUCCCGCGACCUCAAGUCCCUGCUCUCCACCGAGUACGAGAUCUCGCCCGCGCCCUCCGUCGUCGACCUCGACAAGCACUCGUGCGGCUCCCAACUCGACGCCUACAUCCGCAAACACGCGCUUCGCAGCGUGUCGCCACAGGUGUCACAACCCCCAUAUUUGCUCGUCAACGGCCGCUCCGUCAUCAACCGCGGGUUGCGCGCUGACGUGCUCGAGCCCCACGACGACGGCGUGCUGCUCGACAAGCUCAAGAAAAUCGCCGGUACCGAGGUAAUGGUGUCGCGCACAAACGCGCCUUCCAACUCUUAG